UCGAAGCGCAGAAGGUCUUUUGUCCCGCAUUCGAAAACAGUCCUCUCUGCAAAACUGCUCGAUUGUUUUCUUUAGAAAGUACCGGAGCUAACACGUGGGUGUUUUCAAUACAACAUGCGUCGCGGUGCCUUAUUGCUCUUGUUCCUGGCUACGGUAUCGAUGGGUGUGUCCAUGAGACCUACGAUGAAGCCUCGUACUCUACUCAGUCUUGGUGGCCUCAAAGAUGCAAUCGUUGGUGCAUGGAAACGACACAGUGCGAAGGUACGUCAAUGCUUCGACAAUGUCAUACAGAGCAGAUGCACGCAAAUGAUGCAAGAGUUGGAACUAGCGUCCGGUCGGUACCUCUCCGGUACAGAUUUGGCCCUGAAGACAGUGUGCUGCAAAAUCCCAAACCUGCUCGACUGCAUAACGCAAAGUUGUAGCCCAGCGAUUGGACUGGUCGCCAGCUACGCCAAAUCCAAAAUCGACGCCAAACUGCUCAAUAUCUGUAUGCUUCAAGAGGACAAGAUGGACUGCGGCGGCGAACCAGCCAUGGUGAUAGCGGAGGAACUGCGAGUUGAUCCAGGGCUCGCUGUCAGCGCUGAGCCCGCUGCUAGCGCUGAGCCCACUGCUAGCGCUGGGCCCGCUGCUAGCGAUGGACGGUCGUUGUCAUUGUCUGCGUUAACGAUGAUGCUCUGUGUCUUUUUUGUUCUCUUAAAACAGCUAAGUGGAUGAGCUACCAAACGUUUCGUGCAGCGGAAAAUCAGCAGACGGGAAACAAGGGAGGGUAGGCCGAUUUUUCGGCAGUUGAUGUGUGUACUCGUUCUCCUCCAAGUUGUUCUAUUUUACACUCGGUUAUGUACGCAUUAGGGUUACUUAUUUUCUUGGCGCCUUUGAGAUUGUUAGCGUCAUCGUAUUUUCAAAUUGUAUUUGUUGACUCGACUAUUUCGGGUUGGGGAGAAGUCGUCCAGUGAUGUGAUCAGUUCUCAUGCUUUAGCCGAUUAUUUAUGUUAUUGAUUUUUAUCAUUAAUAGAUGAAGAACGUGUCAGCCAUUAGAGCGAAAUUGCCAAAUGUAAAAACCGUACCUUUGUAAUGUCAAGACGCUGUAUUUAAGCAAUGACGUUCAUUGGCUUUAGAUGUAGCUCGGAAGUGACCCGUAUAUUCUGAGCAUUGCAGGAAUUGUACGGUGGAUGAUGUCCUACAUCCCAGAGGCUCUUUGACGGAAAGACACUCCAAAAUUCGCAGCCUCGUCUGCUUUCGCCAGGAAUCUGGCCUCGCUCAAAGGCUAUGAGUACUGCUCGGACUUCUCAUCAACUCUGGUAGUGACUGCCCUAGAUCUUAACUUUCGGCCGUCAUCAUUCCUUCAUCUGUUAUCACAUCAUCUCAUCUCAUCCUGGCUGCAGUCGCGACGCAGCCCACAUAAGUGAGGCCAACAACGGCAAUCCGGUUUGCGUCGCCACCACCACCACCGUAUUCUGAGAAGACAAAACGGACUUGAACAGUGAUGCAUCGUGGGAAGACAGCCCUCGUGCAGGUGUUUCGCAUGGUGUACUCCCGGCCACUGGACGGAACUACGAUCGAGUGAGGACUGCAGGUGCCAGAAGAGACUGACUCUUACAAGCGCGUCCUUAAAAGAAGGGGGCUCAGUAUAUGAAUGGCAGAUAUUUGGUUAAAAGAAAGAUAAUGUCUUCUCGACUCGCCGCACCUCAAAAGACUGAUGUUACGAGAACCUCAGUUGCCCCACACUUGUAGCACUCGUACUUAGUGCGGUGACAAUGUUGUGUAUUCAUUUAAAAUGACUGGUUCCAAAGUUGUGAUCAUUUAAAAUGGGUGGUUCCAAAGCUGUGUUCAUUUAAAGCUGUGAGAUGAUUCAAAGCUGUGUGAUGAUUUAUAAUGACUCGUUCUACCAUUUUGUGCUCUACUUCAAUAUUACCUUACUUGUGACUAAGCUAUGCUUACUCAGCUCUUCCUAUUGGGUAAGCUAUAUGUAUUGUUUUCCCAUUAGAUGCUCGCAAUGCAUGUUAGCCAGAAAGUGGGCUGAACCUCAUCACGAGCAGAACUGCUGGUUUUUGUUCAGUCUCCCUGGAUCAUGUAAAUUGUGUACUAUGAUGCGAAAGAAAUGUUCCGAUUAUA